AAGCAAAAAGUGAGAAAGUUCAUAGGAGUCGAGGUGCAGGAUGUCCCACUAAGGAAAAGAAAGAAAGAGAAAAAAAGGAAAAUUCUCCUCCAGAAGAGCAGCAGAGGAGACACGAGCAAGAAGGACCGCAAGAGACCAACCAUUAAAGACAUCUAGAAGAGUUUUUACAAACAAAAAUGGGUUUUGUGUCGCAAUUUAGCAGGGCUGGGAUUGUCCUCAGUGUGUUUUUGCUGCACUUCAUCAACUUUAAAGCAACAUCUGCAGCCCCUUCUCCUAUCAUCAGAUUCCCUGGAGAUGAUACUCCCAGAACAGACAAAGAGGUUGCACUGCGCUAUCUGAACAAGUUUUACGGGUGCCCACAAGACAGAUGUAACCUGAUGGUGCUCAAGGACACCUUAAAGAAAAUGCAAAAGUUCUUCUCCCUGCAAGAAACCGGAGAGAUCGAUGCCAAAACUGUGGAGACCAUGAAAAAGCCCCGCUGUGGCGUUCCAGAUGUGGCCAAUUACAACUUCUUUCACAGGAAACCAAUGUGGCAGAAGAAGGACAUCACCUACAGAAUCCUGGGCUACAGCCCUGAUCUGGACGAGGAAGUCAUCAAUGACGCUUUCUUCCGGGCCUUCAAAGUGUGGAGUGACGUCACGCCGCUCUCGUUCGACCGCCUCAUGGACGGAGAGGCGGAUAUUAUGAUCAACUUUGGACGCAACGAACAUGGUGACGGUUACCCGUUUGACGGCAAAGACGGCCUCUUGGCUCACGCAUUCGCUCCUGGACCGGGAAUAGGUGGCGACUCCCACUUUGACGAUGAUGAGCAGUGGACGCUGGGAGAGGGCCAAGUGGUGAAAGUGAAGUUCGGCAACGCGGACGGAGAGUUCUGCAAGUUCCCCUUCCUGUUCAUGGGCACCGAGUACAACAGCUGCACGUCUCAGGGUCGUGACGACGGCUUCCUGUGGUGCUCCACCUCCUACAACUUCGAUGAAGAUGGCAAAUAUGGCUUCUGUCCUCAUGAACUGCUGUUCACCCUGGGCGGAAACGGCGAUGGCGCCGCAUGCAAAUUCCCCUUCACAUUCCAGGGUGAGAAGUAUGACGGAUGCACCACCGCCGGAAGGGACGACGGCUACCGGUGGUGCUCCACCACCGAGAACUACGACCAGGACAAAACCUUUGGCUUCUGCCCCGAGACCGCCAUGUCAACAGUCGGGGGAAACAGUGAGGGCAGCCCGUGCGCCUUCCCCUUCACCUUCUUGGGGGACUCCUAUGAGGCGUGCACGUCGUCUGGCCGCAGCGACGGCAAGAUGUGGUGCGCCACGACCAAGAGUUACGACGACGACCGCAAGUGGGGUUUCUGUCCAGACCAAGGCUACAGUUUAUUCCUGGUGGCUGCUCACGAGUUCGGUCACGCCCUCGGCUUGGAGCACUCUCAAGACCCUGGUGCGCUGAUGGCCCCCGUCUACACCUUCACCAAAGACUUCAGACUUUCCAGUGAUGACAUCAAGGGCAUUCAGGAGCUCUAUGGCAUUCCUACAGACAAACCUCUACCUCCAACCCAGGGACCUGUUACCCCUAUGGACAUCUGUAAAGAACCUGUUACCUUUGAUGCUGUCGCUCAAAUUAGAGGAGAGACCUUCUUCUUCAAGGACAGGUUCCUGUUCAGGUCUGUCAACUUCAGAGGCAAGCCCAGUGGGCCUAUGCUGGUGGCCACCUACUGGCCGGACCUGCCUAGCAAGAUAGAUGCCGCCUAUGAGAACCCAGUGGAGGAGAAGACGGUCUUCUUCUCAGGCAAUGAGAUGUGGGUCUACAAGGCCGACGAGCUGCAGAAAGGCUACCCCAAGAGGCUCAGCAGCCUGGGUCUCCCAAGUGACGUGGAGCAGAUCGAUGCUGCCUUCAGCUUCAGGAAGAACAGGAAGACUUACCUCUUUGCUGGGGACAACUUUUGGAGAUAUGAUGAAAAUACCAAGACAAUGGACAGCGGUUUCCCCAAACUUAUCGCUGAAUCCUGGAACGGCAUCCCAGACAACAUCGACUCUGCCUUCAGUCUCAACGGAAUUGAUUACAGCUACUUCUUCAAAGGCAACCACUAUUUCAAACUGGAGGACAGCAGCUUGAAGAUCGUCAAGUUAGGUGAAAUCACAAAGGACUGGCUCGGCUGUUGAGCGUCUCCCAAAAAUGCAUCCGGAUACUGCCUGUGACGAGGACAUUGCCACGCUAACCUGAGGCCUACUAUUGGACCUUCUACACCAUGAAACUCGUCAACAUGAUACUGAUGAUCCAUGUUCCACGUGUUAUGCCGAUGCACAUUUGCUACACCAUGUAUUCAUAUUUUUUUUGUUGCUGUUGUUGUAUUGUUGUUUACUUUUACUGUAGUUUUGAACCGAGACAUCAGGUAUGUCCACACUGCAUUGAACGCAGUGCUUCAUUGUGCUGUGAGAUGAGGUUGUUGUGAACAGUAUAAGGAAUUCAUGUAGAUGAAGUGUUUAAAGUAGUUUUUUAUAUACUAUAUAUAUAAAUGUAUGUUUUGACUAGUUAAUUUGCUAAUAGUUGUGCAAUACAUUUGAAAAAAUGACUUUUGCACAAUCUUUUUGACCGAAUAUGGUGCUUUUUGAAACUUUUUUCUUUUUUUUCUUUUCAGAAAAUGCACACAAUCGGGUGUCAAGCUAAUGGAAAACAUUACUGUGUAGUUUUAGAUGACUUCUUUUAAUUUGACACCCAUUUGUAGAUACAUGCAUUUUAUUUUCUGUUUGUUUGAGGAUGUCCGAAAAGGAAUAUUUGCAUAUUUUCCCCUUGUUAGCACUUUUAUAGGAACUUUGUUUUAUUUUUGACUAAGGCACAGAGAGAUUGAAGGUACAGGUUGCCUCUUGAGGUUGUGUAGGUUUGGUACUGCAUAAGUAUUUCUAAAAAUGUUAUUUCACUUUCUCCUCGAAAGUUGUCAGUUGUUUGUUUUUGUGUUUGGUUGUAAUGCUUAUGCACUUUGUUACUGUCAGCAAUAAAGAUGGUCAUUUUAACGUAAUAUGGAAACGUGUAUGUACUGUAUAA